GGCAGCGCAAUACUGGCUUCUGAAGGGCUGGACGCAACCUUUCACCCUGAAGACUCGGUCACAACUUUGCCUGAGUCAACAUUCAUGUCAGAUGCUGAAUCCACAUCCAAACACGAUAUAAGGAAGUACAUAGUGUACGAGACCUGUCUCAUGGAGCUGUUCGAGGUGUGUCCUGUGUGCAAGCGUGUUUGCACUGUGAAAAACAAAGUGCUUGGGACAUUCAUAUCAGUGAAACAGCUGUGUGAGUAUUGCGAGUAUUCCCGAAUUUGGCAAAGACAGCCUCUUCUGGAUAGCACACCAGCUGGGAACUUGCAGCUUUCUGCAGCAGUGUACAUCAGUGGAGCCUCUUUCUUCAAACUUCAAAGGGCGAUGCAUCUGCAGAUUUUUCUGUAUGAUACCUUUCGUCGGCAUGCCCGAAUGUUUAUAGAGCCAGCUAUGGUCCAUAAAUGGAACCAUUCCCAAAAUGUGAUGCUGCAGCAGCUCAGCGAAGAAAGAAAAGUAAUACUUGGUGGCGACAUGAGGGCUGAUUCUCCAGGGCACUGUGCAAAAUUUGGGAGCUACACCAUGAUGGACCUCAACACCAAAACUAUUGUCGAUCUCCAGUUGGUUCAGAGCAAUGAGGUUGGAGGAAGCUCCCAUAUGGAGAAGGAAGGCCUGAAGAGGAGCCUGGCAUUGUUGGAUGCACGUGGUGUAACCAUCGAUAGCAUCGUCACUGACCGUCAUCCACAAAUCCAGAAAUUUCUGAGGGACAACAACAUCACUAAAUUUUAUGACGUCUGGCACAUGGAGAAGGAAUUACAAAGCAACUACAUAAAAUUAGCAAAACCAAGGACUGCCAGAAAGUAAAGACGUGGAUGCGAGCCAUCAGAAACCACAUCUAUUGGACGGCGGCAUCGUCAAUAACCGGGCCGGAGAGAGUGGCAAAAUGGACCUCCCACCUGAACCAUGUUCAGGAUAUUCAUACUCAUGAUGAUCCCCUCUUCCCAAAAUGUCUACAUCCAAUUCGCAGCACAACGGACAAGAGUAGAUGGCUCUCAGGAAGUUUGUCUCAUUCUCUUUUCAAAACUGGUUUGACUAUAUUGAUUAGCUGCAAGUCCAGUCAUUACCAAUAAGUAGGAUAUAAUGUAUGAUAUUUUUGUCUUUCAGCAACUCCUGCAUUCUACAAGCUGGAGAAGGCGCUGACCAAGAAGACAGUCCUGAGGGAUAUAGCAAAGCUCAGUCCCCACCACCAGACGUCCUCUUUGGAGGCAUUCCACGCUGUGAUCCUGCGGAAAAUGUGGUCUAUCCAUUUCUAGGAAUGCUGUGCAGACUCUACCUGGCUGUGUGGUAGAAAUUAAAUCUGGAUUCAGAACAGAUGGUGCACAGGAAUGUAUAGGGAACUGGGGGGAAGCUAAGUUGGUCCAAGCCCUUUCAGCCUUGGGUCAAGCUAAAGUUGACCUCAGCCUUUUUAGCCUUGGGUCAUCUUGGCUAAUGAGGUUGAUCCAUGCAGACCACUGAACUGGGCAGUUGAUAACAUGCUGUGACGAAGAUUGACGGGCGGAAACCCCAUUGUGACUCCAUUGUGACUCCAUUGUAAACAAAGAAAUUCCUAUACGUGUAUAAGUGAGGCUGCAGCCCGAUGUGGGGCCAGUGACUUUGCAAACCCACUCAGGCUGUUGUCGUUGUUGUUCUGCUGCACGAUAAAGUCUUUUGUCAAUUCUUGCUCCGGACCCCUCGUUUUCAUUUUACUCUCUCUCUUGAAUUAGUCUAAGUGUUUUAUA